UUUGUGCUGAAAGCGUUCUGAAUUUGAAUCCCUUUGCUUUUGAAUGCUUUCGGGCUGUGCCGAAAGCGAUUUGAAUACCUUUGGUUUUGAAUGCUUUCGGGUUGUGCCGAAAGCGUUUUGAAUUUGAAUACCUCUGGUUUUGGAUACUUUCAGGUCGUGCUGAAGCCGAAAGCGUUUUGAAUUUGAAUCCCUUUGCUUUUGACUUGUUUGGUGCUCGAUUCGUCGGGACUUGUUUUUGGCCGGAGGGGCUUGCACUCUCCGACAUUUGAUUUCCUCGGUCCGUGCCGAGGACGCGCAGCGUUUGUAAUCUGUUGUCUCGUCUGUGUUUUCUUGUGUCCUGUGCCUGUUUCUUAAUUUCCUUUUUACCAGCGAGACUGAAAUGGGGCAAUCCAUGGUAACCCCUCUGAGUCUCACCCUCGACCAUUGGAAGGAUGUCCGGAACCGGGCCAACGGCAUGACGGUCGAGAUCACGAAGAAAAAAUGGAUAGCACUCUGCACCUCUGAUUGGCCAGCCUUCAAUGUCAGCUGGCCCAAAGAAGGAACUUUUAACCCUAACCUUAUUUCACAGGUUAAAUCCCAAGUUUUCCUUGUAGGACCCAGAGGACACCCAGAUCAAGUUCCGUACAUCGUGACCUGGGAAAAUCUAGUCUCCGACCCACCUCCGUGGGUCGCCCCUUUCUCCACUCCCCUCCCCUCACCCCCUUCUCCUCUUAGCCGUUCCCUCUCCCCGCCACCUCCUCCGUCUGCGCCCCUUGCUCCCAUUCCAGCACCAUCCACCCAAAGCACUAGGUUAUACCCUAUAAUAAAUAAGUCUAAAACCCAAACCCCAGCCUCAAACAGGCCAAAGUCGCAGACAAUCCUCCCAUCCGAGGAACCCAUCCUGUUAGACCUAAUGACAGAGGAGCCCCCACCCUAUCCACCUCAACCUCACCCGGCUCCAGCUCCCCAUUCAGAUUCCUCCGGAGAAGAGGAAGAAUCACCUGUCACCAGCGCCCCUCCAAACCCAUCCCCCAUGGUGGGGCGGCUCCGGGGACGACGAGAACCCCCAAAUCCGGGAGAAAUUUCAAAAGCCUUCCCCUUGCGCCAGACCGGGGGCCCUAAUGGUCCAUACCAGUACUGGCCAUUCUCCGCCUCCGAUCUUUAUAAUUGGAAGACUCAUAACCCCCCUUUCUCUAGUGACCCGGUUGCCUUAACUUCUCUGAUCGAGUCUGUUCUAGUAACCCACCAGCCAACCUGGGAUGAUUGUCAGCAACUCCUCCAAACUCUUCUCACCUCUGAGGAGAGACAAAAAGUAUUACUGGAGGCUCGAAAGAAUGUUCCUGGGGACAAUGGGCGUCCCACUCAACUCCCCAAUCUAAUUAAUGAAGCCUUUCCCUUGACGCGGCCUGAUUGGGAUUACAACACUGAUGAAGGUAGGAACCGCCUACGUCUCUAUCGCCAGUUACUUAUAGCGGGUCUCCAUGGAGCAGGGCGACGGCCCACUAAUUUGGCCCAGGUAAGACAGACUAUCCAGCGGACGGAAGAAACCCCGACCGCAUUCCUAGAGAGGUUAAAAGAGGCUUAUCGAAGAUUUACUCCCUUCGACCCAGAUAGUGAGGAACAGAAGGGCAAUGUCUCUAUGGCAUUCAUUUGGCAAUCUGCCCCUGACAUUAGAAGCAAGUUACAGAGACUAGAUAAUUUGCAGGACUUCUCCCUAGCAGAUUUGUUGAAGGAAGCAGAAAAGAUUUACAAUAAGAGGGAAACUCCAGAAGAAAAAGAGGAGAGAAUUAGGAAAGUGCAGGAGGAAAGGGACUCACGAUACCGAGAGGAACUAGAUAGGAGGGAUCAAAAGCGUACUAAAGAAAUAAGUAAGGUACUGGCUGCAAUAGCUCAGACAAGGCCGCAAGAGACUAGGUUAGGGAGAGAAAGGGAGCAAAGCAGGGCCCAAGUGGAACGUGACCAAUGUGCCUACUGCAGGGAAAAAGGACACUGGGCUAGGGACUGUCCAAAGAAUUCAAAAAGGCUCCCCGACUCAAGGAAAUACCCAAACCGAGCCCCCCAAUUGCUGGCAUUGGAUGACGAAGAUUAGGGGUGUCAGGGCCAGGAGCUCCCCCCUGAGCCCCGGGUAACUCUUCAAGUGGGGGAGCACCCGAUUACUUUCCUAGUAGACACCGGAGCCCAACAUUCGGUACUAACCCAAGCUCCAGGGCCCUUGAGCAGCAAGACCACAUGGGUCCAAGGAGCCACCGGGUGCAAAUCUUACCGAUGGACUACUAAACGAGAAGUGCAUCUUGCCUCAGGUAAAGUCUCCCACUCAUUCUUACAUGUACCUGAUUGUCCAUACCCGCUACUAGGAAGAGACUUACUGACAAAAUUGAAAGCUCAAAUUCAUUUUGAAAAUGGAAAAGCCUCAGUCAGUGGACCAAACGGGGCUCCUUUACAUGUACUAACCUGUAAAUUGGAAGAUGAGUACCGGCUAUUUGAUAUCACCCCACCACCUGCUGUCAAUUUCUAUGAAACUGAGAUUUCUGCUCUGUUCACCCCCACCCUGCAGACUCAUUUACGUGCAUUGCAGUUAGUCCAAAAUGAAGUCUGGAAGCCCCUAGCGGCAGCCUACAAGGAACAACUGGAGAAACCAACAGUGCCACACUCCUUCAAGAUAGGAGACACCGUUUGGGUCCGGAGACAUCAGAACAAAAACCUCGAACCUCGCUGGAAAGGACCAUACACCGUCUUACUGACCACCCCCACCGCCAUCAAGGUGGACGGCAUCGCAGCCUGGAUCCACGCAGCCCACGCGAAAGUGGCACCUCCACCAGACUCCAUCUCUACACCCCAAGAAUCAGCAUGGAAAUUACAACGCACUCAAAAUCCCCUAAAGAUAAGACUUGCUCGCGUUUGA